AUGGCAGAUGCGCAGAAAAAGAAUUGUCCUCAAAUUCCAGUAAAAGGAAGCUAUUGUAUUCCAACUGAAUGUUCGAAUAUGUGUAAGAAGCAACAUGGAACUGUUGGCAGGCCAUGGGAAGGUCCUACAAACUCAUCAGACAACGCAAGGAAAACUGAUAGCAGUGUGUCUGAACAUGACAAAGCUCUAGUCAGGAAGAACAACAAGUUUUGGUUCCCUUCUCAAGAAGUUUUCUUGAGGAAGGAGGUUAAUUACAGAAAGCCAAGUUACAUGACCCUUGCAAAAUCUAUCAAAUCCAAGCAGAGACUAUCAGGUUCUUCUUCAUCUUCUUGUUCCAAAACACCAUUUCAGAAGAAACAGUAUACAAUGUCUUACAACGGAGAUGUGAAUGUAAAACGUUUUGCUGGUUCGGAGUGGACUGAUCUAUAUCCACCAGCUCAAGGAACAGGGAGGCAUAUGUGGGCUAAAGCAAACAUCGUUCCACUGAAUCUUUAA